AUGUCGCAGAAGAGCUCGGCGGAUUCCCCGGAUAUCGAGUCUCUGCAGGAGAGCAUCCUCGUCGAUGCAAAUAACACUGAUAUUAAGACAUGUGUGGUUGAAGAUCAAGAUGUCGAGUCGCAGCUGGCGCUCCGGGUCUCUUCGACAGCAGAUGAAACCGUGAUGGAGAAACAGCUUGGAGCUUCUCAGCAGCAACAUGGCGGAAGCACUUCCUAUUCAGAAGAUGAGCUGGUCUCAGUUGCAUUCCAUGGCUGUGAAAUAGUACAGCAGCUUACAGGAAAGCACUGGGAAGAAAUUCCUACACCUGAAAGAACGGAAUUACCGGAUACCACGGAACCAGAGCGGACACAUGAGUUGGUCAUCAGUAUCGGGUGCAACAAUCAUGAAGCUACUGAUAUGGUGCUCAAAACUGAAUACAUUGUUAGGAUGGUAAUGGAAAAGGAUUUGAAUGGCUUACAAGCAUUUGGAGGUGUACAAGGGGUAGCUAAGGCUCUCAACAGUGAUAUAGCCAAUGGAAUUCCAGGUCAUGAGGAGGACCUCCGUCACCGACGCGCUGCAAUCCUUAAACAUGAGUCGGAGGCUCAUAACAGAAGGUUCAUUUACUUCCUCAGGAAAUCUUACAAUAGUAGCACCAUUUUGCUCCUCCUGAUUUUGGCCAUUCUGUCGUUGGCCUUUGGGAUCAAGGAGAAAGGACUGAGAACGGGUUGGUAUGAAGGCGCCCUUACACUAGGCGCUGUCAUUCUGAUCGUGAUGGUCCAUUCAGUUUGUGAAUUUCGGAAUGAAAGUUCACGUCUGCUGUCGAGAAACCAGCCUUGGCAAAACCAGAAACUGGAAGUUCAUGUUUUAAGAGGGGGACGCCCUCAACCUAUUGGCAUCUGUGAUGUUAUCUCGGGAGACGUUGUGCUAUUAGAGAAGGAAGACCCAGUUCCUGCAGAUGGUUUGCUCAUACCCAUUGACACUAGAUCCUUGGAAGUGAAUGACAAAGCUGAUGCCAUCAUCAAUGAUCAGAAUCCAUUCUUGUUUUAUGGUUCCAAAGUAAUUGAUGGUGCUGGCAAAAUGCUGGUGACCUCAGUCGGUGCCGAGACAAAGUUGGGAAAUAUGUCGAGGAGAGCUCAAACGUCAAAAAGGACACCAGUAGAGAAGCAACUUAACAAGCUGAGCACAAUGAAGCAAAUAAUCAGUGUUGUCAUCUUGAUAAUCAUCAGUGUGGUGCUGUUUUUGCGGUUCAAUCUCAAGAAGGAACAUCAAAACUCGGGCCUGCCAGACUUCGCAGGGAAGCCACAUUCUCUGAAGCAAUUACAUGAAGCUAUAAUGAGAGUUGCUCUAAGACCAUGCGGGAUGUUAAAUAUGCUGACUUCAUUCACUUUGCUACUAGUUGGGAUAGCUGAAGGACUAUCAUUAACAAUCACCAUUGCCAUCACUUGCUGGAACAAGAGGAUGCUAGGUGACAAGACCUUUGCUCAAGAACCUUCCAUUACGGUCACCAUGGCAUCAGUCACAGUUAUCUGCACUGACAAAACAGGAGGACUACCAUUGACGCCACAAGAAGUGGAAACGUGCUGGAUUGGUAAAGAAGUUAUCAGUGAAGAUUCCAAGGUACCGACUUAUGUUAGGGAAGCACUUUGCGAUGGAAUUGGCGCAUCGUCUUUACUAGCAGAGAACAGCCAAACCUCAAUGGAUAACUCAAUCCUUUCUUGGGCCGUAGAGAAAUGGGGACUGAAAAUGGAAACCUGGAAGCAAAUUCACAGUAUUGCUAAGGUCGAACAGCCAACCCACAACGAGAACAUAGUUGCAGCAUUGGUUGGAAAGGAUGGAGGGAAAAGGCGAUUUUUGGAGACAGCAUUGGGAAAAUGCACUCAAACGGUUUCAAAUCCAUCGCAUUUGCUUGUCAGCAAGUUGAUAAAGACGAUAUAA